AUGGCUUCAAGUUUUACCUAUACCAUGCUCAAUGGCAGCGACAGUGCGAGCAACCCCGCCUCAGCUGCUAGCAAGGGCGACUCCCAACGCGCCCGUCUCCACUGUGCCGAUAACAUCAAUCGCUUCCUGGUCGAUCAGGAUCAAUGCGCCCCAGUUGGCCUUGGGCCUGUUCAGACACAAGACGAGACCAAAGCUGCGGGUGAAGCUCGCGCAUCGGCAAAUAUUAGUGCUUUUAAUAGGCAGUUUGGCUGUGGCAAUACGCCCCCAGGGACUAAGUCUACGCAAAAAUAA